AUGAUUCCAAUAGUGAAUCUGCGCCUGUUCAAGAUCAUACACGAUGAUGCAAUCAGUCCCCUGCGUCGCGAGACAAAAAUUCACAUUGUAGCUUCCGCUCCAGGAACUACACGAGGUGCAUUGGAUAUCCGAACAGUAGCGGAUGUUGGCGUAGGCGCGGGGGGAAAGAUCGUGAGUGCCGGAAGCGAUUUGAGCGCGGAUUGA